UCCGAGGCGACAACAGUUUCUACAGUUAGUGGCAACUUUUAGCUUCUAGCUGCGAGUGGGGACAUGGACAGAAUAAAUGUGCCCCCUGCGGGCCCCAUGGACCUGCCGCUGUCCCUGCUGGAGAUGGGAUGCUCUGGCAGGUUUGAGCUGAUCACACACUCCCUGCCCGGCCAACCUCUACCUCCAUCCAGCACGCUCCCCCAUGGGCUUCCUCCAACCAGCCUGAACCUGGAGACAGAAGUAGAAAAACAGUUUUUACGGGACCCCGACUGGCUUCCUAUACACGACACAGACUUUGCCUUCCAGAAGUUUCUCAAAGUGACUAAGAGAGAGUGUAAUGUUGGCUCUCUACUGAACUGCACUCAGUCUCCGCUUCACUCAAGUCUCUCUGUGGUCAGAGAUCCAACCACAGGGAUGCUGCUGGACUUCACAGAGGUUCUACUUGAGAACACCGGCCUCUCGGCAAAGAACUCACUGUCAUUACAACGCCAACCCGGGCCUCCUUCAGAGAGCCUUCGAGGAAGCAACACCAACUACCCCUUCCUCCCUGGAGGAAUGGAGGAGCUUACACUGGAACAAAUCAAGAAGAAAUCUGACCUGGAGGAGGACAUCGACUUUGUGAAUGAUUUGCUCAGAGUCCCACCUGGUCUCAAAGCUGGGAUGGACUUCACUGACAAAGAUGCCAAAAUGUCAAACCCAGAGGUCAACCUAAUGUCCCUCCUGUCCGCAUUUGAUGACAUUAACUUACAACCUGAGCCAGAGGAGAAGGAGGAAGUCAAAGGAGGUCAGGAAGCUCCCAAAUUACCCAGAACAAACAGCCUUGAAGACCUGGGCAUCAAGGAUGCUGUGUCAUCCUCCACUCCAACAGAGAAAGGAACAGAUGAGAAAUCAAAGCCAAAAGAGAACCCAGAGGAUAAAAAGAAAUGGGCCAUCCCUGUUAACAUAACUUCACCUUGUGAUGAUUUCUAUAAACGCAUCCCCAACCCAGCUUUCAAGUGGCCGUUUGAGCUGGAUGUUUUCCAGAAACAGGCUGUGCUGAGGCUGGAGGCUCACGACUCUGUGUUUGUAGCUGCGCACACAUCAGCUGGCAAAACAGUGGUGGCCGAGUAUGCCAUCGCGCUCUCACAGAAACACAUGACAAGGACCAUCUACACAUCCCCUAUUAAAGCUCUGUCCAAUCAGAAGUUCAGAGACUUUAAGAACACCUUCGGUGACGUUGGACUCCUGACGGGCGACGUCCAGCUCAGUCCUGAAUCUUCAUGUCUCAUCAUGACCACUGAGAUCCUCAGGUCCAUGCUGUACAACGGAUCAGAGGUCAUCAGAGACUUGGAGUGGGUGAUCUUUGACGAGGUUCACUACAUCAAUGAUGCCGAGAGAGGAGUUGUGUGGGAGGAGGUUUUGAUUAUGCUUCCCGAUCACGUCAGUAUCAUUCUACUUAGCGCCACAGUGCCAAAUGCCCUGGAGUUUAGCGAAUGGAUCGGUCGUAUUAAGAAGAGGCAUAUUUACGUGAUCAGCACAAUGAAGAGACCUGUGCCUUUGGAGCAUAAUCUGUACACAGGAAACAGCACCAAGACUCAGAAAGAGAUGUUCCUGCUGGUGGAUGCUGCAGGCAACUUCCUGACUAAAGGGUACUAUGCAGCUGUUGAUGCCAAGAAGGAGCGAACCAGCAAACAUGCACAAUCAUUCGGCACAAAAAGCACUUCUCACAACACUUCAGCUAGUCAGGACCGAGCGGUGUGGCUCAGCCUCCUGCACUUCCUGUCCCAGCGGCAUCAGACCCCGGUGGUUGCGUUCACCUUCUCUCGGACACGCUGCGACGAGAACGCCCGCUCGCUGGAGUCCAUGGACCUGACCUCGUCCAUAGAGAAGGCAGAGAUCCACUCCUUCUUCCAGAAGAGCCUGAGUCGCCUCCGGGGAGGAGACCGACAGCUGCCUCAGAUCCUGCAGAUGAGGGACCUGUUGAAGCGGGGAAUAGCAGUCCAUCACAGCGGGAUCCUGCCGAUACUGAAGGAGGUCAUUGAGAUGCUCUUCUCGCGAGGGCUCGUAAAGGUGCUGUUUGCCACCGAGACUUUUGCAAUGGGAGUGAAUAUGCCCGCCAGGACUGUGGUGUUCGACAGCAUCAGAAAGCACGACGGCACCGGCUUCAGAAAUCUGCUGCCAGGUGAAUAUAUUCAGAUGGCGGGCAGAGCGGGGAGGAGAGGGCUGGACGCCACAGGCACCGUCAUUAUUCUGUGUAAAGCGGGCGUUCAUGAGAUGGCAGAUCUGCAUGUCAUGAUGUUGGGUAAGCCUACCAUCCUCCAGUCCCAGUUCAGACUGACCUACACUAUGAUCCUCAACCUGCUGCGAGUCGAAGCCCUCCGUGUGACUGACAUGAUGAGAAGGAGCUUCUCUGAAAGCCACAGAGACACUCAGGCUCAGGAGAAGAGGAUCGGCCAGCUGAAGCAGACGCUGUCCUGUCUGCCUCCUCUGGACACGGAGGGCCAGCUGUCCGACCUGAUGCCUUACUACCACACAGUGACGGAGCUACGAACCACCACCGAAUCCCUCCAGCGUGCUAUUCUGGAGUCUGUGAACGGGCUGAAAGCUCUGUCUGUGGGUCGGGUUGUGGUGGUUAACAACAAACAGCAUCUCAACGCCCUGGGAGUCAUCCUACAGGUGUCCAGUGACUCUGUGAAUCGCACCUUCACCGCUCUGAUCAUCUGUGAGAAAGGAAACGAGGAAGGAGACGGAAAAGGAAACAACACUGCCUUCCCCCACCUCUACAACACAGCUCUCUUCAUACCCGAAGGCCCUUGCAGCCACACAGUACAGAAGCUGAAGUUUCAGGACAUUUCUGCCAUCACAAUGAAAACCCUCAAAGUGAUUCCUGACAGGAUCAUCGACAACUACAACAAGAGGCAACAACCACGAUUCAGGCACGACCCUCCCGGCCAGGCCAUCUCCACGGCGACCCAGGAGCUCCUGCGAUUGGCCGAGGCCAACCCCACCGGCAUAGCGACCCUCGACCCCGUGAACGACCUCCAGCUGAAGAGCGUGGAUGUGGUGGAGGGCGCCAUGAGGCUCCGUGUGCUGCAGGAGAGCCUCAAAGACUUCAACUGCAUCCACACGCCCACUUUCGCAGAGCAGUUUGCUCGGGUUAAGGAGAGGAUGAGUGUGCAGGAGGAGCUGGACAGGCUCCUGUUCCUGGUGUCGGACCAGUCUCUGUCUCUGCUGCCUGAAUACCACCAGAGGAUCAAGGUUCUUCAGUCCCUCCAGUACGUCGACAGCAGCGGGGCGGUGCAGCUGAAAGGACGCGUAGCCUGUCAGAUCAGCAGCCACGAGCUGCUGCUGACCGAGCUGCUGUUCGAGAACGUCCUGAGCCCGCUGGCGCCCGAAGAGAGCGCCGCCCUGCUGUCCUGUUUGAUCUUCACGCAGAACACACAGGUGGAGCCGCACAUUACCAACACACUGCAGGAGGGCAUCGAUCGGGUGCUGACAGUGGCCCAGCGAAUCGGAGAGCUGCAGAGGGAUUGUGGGAUACCACAGACGGCUGAGGAGUUUGUAGGCCAGUUUAAGUUUGGUCUCACAGAGGUGGUGUACUGCUGGGCCAGAGGCAUGCCGUUCGCAGAGAUCGCCCUGCUCACAGACGUCCAGGAGGGCACGGUGGUCCGCUGCAUCCAGCGCCUGGACGAGGUGCUGAAGGAGGUGCGACAGGCCGCCCGCAUUGUGGGCGACUCCGUCCUGGGGAGCAAGAUGGAGAGGGCCUCCCUGGCCAUCCGCAGGGACAUCGUCUUCACCGCCUCUCUCUACACCCACUGAGAUGGGAUGAAGACAGGCAAGGGAGGGUGAGGAUGAGGACGAGUGUGAGAGCAUGCCGAGGUGCCUGCAGCCGAGCGUUUCCUUUGUGUGAAAGGUGCGAGAAAGAUAGAGGUGUAUGGGGGAGGUAAAGAGAUGGUGCGAGUUAACAUGUUCCUGCUUACAAGUGCUGUAUGUGCCUACAAAACAUGUUGAUGUUUACAUGACAGUUCCUGACCAUGAAGAAGGGAAUGAUUUUAACCAAAAGACCAAAGUACAGACAGGGAAUGAACAUGAAAUCUGGAUUGUAAUU